CCGGGAGAGCCGCAACCAGAGAAUGGAGAGUCUGCAGAAGACGAGUGACGCGGGCCAGAUGUUCGACGUAGUCGUGAUAGGAGGCGGCAUCUCAGGAUUAUCUGCUGCCAAACUCUUAGCCGAACAUGAAGUUAAUGUUUUGGUUUUAGAAGCCCGGGAGAGAGUUGGAGGAAGAACAUACACAGUGAGGAAUGAACAUGUUGACUACGUAGAUGUUGGCGGUGCUUAUGUAGGCCCGACCCAGAAUAGGAUCUUACGGUUAUCUAAGCAACUGGGCUUAGAAACUUACAAAGUGAAUGUAAAUGAGCGUCUUGUUCAUUAUGUCAAGGGAAAAACUUAUCCAUUUCGGGGUGCCUUCCCUCCAGUAUGGAAUCCCAUUGCCUAUCUGGAUUACAACAACCUGUGGCGGACCAUGGAUAACAUGGGAAAAGAGAUUCCAGCUGAUGCACCAUGGGAGGCCCCACAUGCAGCGGAAUGGGAUAAGAUGACUAUGAAAGAUCUCAUCGAAAAAAUCUGCUGGACAAAGACUGCUCGGCAGUUUGCAUCUCUCUUUGUGAAUAUCAAUGUGACCUCUGAACCCCAUGAGGUGUCUGCCCUGUGGUUCCUGUGGUACGUGAAACAAUGUGGAGGCACCACUCGGAUAUUCUCCAUUACCAACGGGGGCCAGGAACGGAAGUUUGUAGGUGGAUCCAGUCAAGUAAGCGAACGGAUAAUGCAACUCCUAGGGGACAGGGUGAAACUGAGGAGUCCUGUCACUUACGUUGACCAGUCAAGUGAAAACAUCACCAUAGAGACCCUGAAUCGUGAACUUUAUGAGUGCCGAUAUGUCAUUAGCGCCAUCCCACCAACUUUGACUGCCAAGAUACACUUUAGACCAGAGCUUCCAUCAGAGCGAAACCAGCUGAUACAGCGUCUUCCAAUGGGGGCUGUCAUUAAGUGCAUGAUGUAUUACAAGGAGGCCUUUUGGAAGAAAAAGGAUUACUGUGGCUGUAUGAUCAUCGAAGAUGAGGAAGCUCCAAUUUCAAUAACGUUGGAUGAUACCAAGCCAGAUGGAUCACUGCCUGCUAUCAUGGGCUUCAUCCUCGCUCGAAAAGCUGACCGCCUUGCUAAAGAGCAUAAAGAUAUAAGAAAAAGGAAAAUCUGUGAACUGUACGCCAAAGUGCUAGGAUCUCAAGAAGCUUUACAUCCGGUGCACUAUGAAGAGAAGAACUGGUGUCAGGAGCAGUACUCCGGAGGCUGCUACACUGCCUACUUCCCCCCAGGGAUCAUGACUCAAUAUGGAAGGGUGAUUCGCCAGCCUGUAGGCAGGAUUUACUUUGCUGGCACGGAGACUGCCACACAAUGGAGCGGUUACAUGGAAGGAGCAGUAGAGGCUGGUGAACGAGCAGCUAGAGAGGUUUUGAAUGCUUUGGGGAAGCUGGCUGCCAAAGAUAUCUGGAUCCAAGAACCUGAAGCUGAAGGUGUUCCAGCUGUAGAGAUCACCCCCAGCUUCUGGGAGAGAAACCUGCCUUCCGUACCAGGCCUGCUGAAGAUCGUUGGGUUUUCUACAUCGAUGACUGCCCUGUGGUUUGUGAUGUACAGAUUCAGGCUGCUAAGCCGAUCCUGAAGUUUUGGCUUCAUGCUUUCUGCUUAGCCUUCCCUGGUAUCAUCAAAAGCAAAUUGCUGACCCAUAGAACAACCAUGCAAUCAGAUCAUCUUUAAGUGAACCGAUUUAACCCCUCAGUUUAAUCUCAGUGUAUGACCUCCUUAAUUUCCAGAAGAUCAAGCUCCAUCUUGUGAUUUGUCUGUAGACCAGCUCGUGUUGAUUGGUAGAAAAAUAACCUUGUGAUCAAUUUUUUAACGUCAAGAAGUUAAAGUUGACACGCUCAUGAGAAACAGUUUCUGUGUCCUAUUUUUCUCCCCUUUAACAUAAAAUACCUGAUGAUCGCAGGAAUGAAGCAUUUAACUUUCUCUCUGUAGAGGUUGAGUAGAUUAAGGCCCAGCCUGUGACUGUCCUUUGAAGUCCUUAGCAAAGGAUAAAGUGUAGGCCCAGAGACUCGAAGCUUCCUGGGUGAGCAGCCCCCACUUUGGAUAAGGGAAAGCAGUGGAGGUAGGGUUCAGGCCCUCAGACCACAACAUCUUGUGGGCUGUUGUCUCAGGGAUCUCUUGACCACUUCUAAUUCCUGUGAAGUUUCUAGACACUGGUAGCUCAGACCACAGAGAAUCUGCCUGCAAUGUAGGAGACCCAGGUUUGAUCGCUGGGUCAGGAAGAUCCUCUUGAGGACAGCAUGGCAACCUACUCUAGUAUUUUUGCCUGGAGAAUCCCAUGGACAGAGGAGCCUGGCGGGCUACAGUCCAUGGGGUCGUAAAGAGUUGGACACAACUGAGCGACUAACACUAAAACUAAACUAAACUUGUAGACAUCUAGUCUUCGUGCUAGUUUGCUUGCAUUUUUCCUCUUUUUCUUAAAGAGGACAGUGUUUACCAAGGGAUGUUUAAAUUGAUUUGCUGUGACUGGUAUGUAGCUCCCUAGAUGAGCAAAUAGUAGCAAGACUGUCCCCCAAGAGGGCUCCCUGUUUCGCUCCUCGUGAGACCGACUACAGUAGGCUUCUUCGCAAACUCCUGGAAGGUGGCCAGACAUUAUUUGGCCCAUUGUCCUUGAUAACAAUUCUGCCAAUUCCAAGGAAGCAGUAUUUUCCUUUCUUCAGGUAGACCCUUCUGAAGGCCUCUAGUGGCAGAUUUUUUUUUCUACAGCCAUAAUAAAAUCAGGCAGAUCUGUUAACUUAAGUAUGUUUUUUACAUGGUUUGUUAUUGUUGUUUACUGGCUCAGUUGUGUCUAACUCUUUGUGACCCCAUGAACUGUAGCCCGCUAGGCUCCUCUGUCCAUGGGAUUUUCCAGGCAAGAAUACUGGAGUGGAUUGCCGUUUCCUUCUCCAGGGGAUAUUUCUGACCCAGGGAUCAAAUCUGUGUCUCCUGCAUUGCAGGCAGAUUCUUUACCACUGUGCCACCAGGGAAGCACUUCCACAUGGUUACUUUUGAGUAAUACCACCAUGCCAGUUUCUCUCAAAUAAGUACUGAAAUGCACAGGACAAAUUUCUGAUUCUUAUUUCAUGAGACUAAUC